GUCAAAAAAAGCUGAAACCGGCGCUCAAAAUCUACGGGGUUGGGCCACCGCUGGCCGAGUCACAGCUCUUCGUCGACGACUCCGCAGCGCUGACCACGCGCUCUCGCGAUCGCAACGCCUCUGGCUGCGCUGGGAAGGAGCACCAAGCCAAAACGAGUUAAAAGGAAAUCAGCAGGCUCGGCCGGGUAGCUAGGCGGCCUAGCUCUAAGCAAAGCAAAUCAACCGACAGCGGGAUCGCGCGGCGGCAGCGCGCGGCGGCACCGAGGACAUGGCAGCCAUGGCCGACGGCGAGGGCGACGAGAAAGCUUUGAGGUUCUACACGGCCUGUUUUGAUGGCAAUUUGGACGAAGUUCAGAGGAUCGUGCAGGGCAAUCCUGAUUUAGAAUUAAAUAGGGUGAUCCACGGCGGCACGGCGUUCGCGGCGGCGGUGCAGAACUCGCACGUCGACGUGGUGCGGUACCUCGCGGGCCUGGGCGCGGACAUGGAGACGCCGAUCCACGACGGCGCGACGCCGGCCUUCAUCGCGUGCUAUCGGGGCAACGUCGAGAUCGUGCGGUUUUUGUGUAGCCAGAUGGUAAAUUUGGAAACCCCAAACGCGAACGGGAACACGCCCUUUGCCAUCGCGGCGCAACAUAGAAGGCUGGAUAUCGCGGAAAUAUUAUUGCAGCACGGCGUGAACAUCGCGCCGGUCAACAAGAAAGGGAGCACGCCCUUUUUUUUCGCGUGCCAAGAGGGCAACCUGGACGUGGUCAAGUUCCUGGUGCGGAACGGCGCCGACGCACGACUGGGAAAGAACGGCAUCUCGCCCUUCCACAUGGCCUGUUAUCGCGGGCAUUUAGAUGUGGUCACUUACUUGGUCGUAGAGGUCGAGGUCGACGCGCGCGCGGUCGACGGAAGUGGAAGGACGCCUUUGGAAGUAGCGCGGCGGGCGAAGAAGGCGGACGUCAUCAACUUCCUCGAGCAGAUCGACGCGGAGAAGGACAAGGGGAUUGAUCCAUUACCGCUCUGCGCCGGGCCGAACGGGUCCUGCUCCGACGCGGGCUGCGCGCUGUCGUAGUCGCUUUUUACUAAUACUCUAUACUUCC